GCAGCGGUGCUGUCGGGCCGGUGCGGCUCCGGUAGCGCCCCAGCAGCCCGUUGUCCCUCCCUGCCCCCUCAGUCAGGCCGCGACCUGCAGCAGUACCAGAGCCAGGCGAAGCAGCUCUUCCGCAAGCUGAACGAGCAGUCCCCGACCAGAUGCACCCUGGAGGCAGGAGCCAUGGCUUUCCACUACAUCAUCGAGAAAGGAGUGUGUUACCUGGUCCUGUGUGAAGCUGGAUUCCCCAAGAAACUGGCCUUUGCAUACCUGGAGGACUUGCACUCAGAGUUUGAUGAGCAGCAUGGCAAGAAGGUUCCCACAGUGUCCAGGCCCUAUUCCUUCAUUGAAUUUGACACCUACAUCCAGAAAACCAAGAAGCUCUACAUCGAUAGCCGGGCGAGGAGGAACCUGGGCUCCAUCAACACAGAGCUGCAAGAUGUGCAGAGGAUUAUGGUGGCCAACAUCGAGGAGGUCCUGCAGCGAGGAGAGGCCCUGUCAGCUCUUGAUUCCAAGGCCAACAACUUGUCCAGUCUGUCCAAGAAGUACCGGCAGGACGCCAAGUACCUGAACAUGCGCUCCACGUACGCCAAGCUGGCGGCCGUAGCCGUGUUCUUCAUCAUGCUGAUUGUCUAUGUGAGGUUCUGGUGGCUGUGAGCCCGCCCAGCCGUGGAAGAGGGAAAGCCAGUAGCCUGGCAGGUGGAUGUGUGCAGGACACUGCUCAUGGGGGAUGUGCAUUAGAAUCCACACAGGACCAUCACCUUCGCAGGAGUGUCCUGGAGCUGUUAGGUGGCACCACCUGGCUACUGCAUCUCUUAGUGGAGCCUAACACUUGGUGUAAAGGCUUGUUGACUGCAGGCUUUUCCUCUGAGGCAGUUUGCACUAGGAUACUGCAGAGUUUGGCCUCCCAAGGUUCUUCCCCCUCCUGGGGCACUCUGGGAACAGUCAAUCAGUGCUGUUUAGCAUAAUCACAUUGUACAUCCUCCUGUUGAGUAGCUCUAGUGGGAACUGGACUCUAAUGAACAUUCCUUGUGUUGGUAAUGUUUGCUUUUUUAGAAUCUGGGUCUGCGGUUAUUUUUCUUUCUUUCUUUUUCGAGACUCCCCCGUUUGAAGGCAAAUAUUUCACUGUACAUAAAACCAGCUUUCACCUCUGUCAGAAUACCUGUUGAGUGUUCUGUGUCUGACCUCCUGGCUUGUUACACUUUAAAUUGCUUUAGGAAGAAAUGGAUGUUGAACUAUGCCUUAAGAUACAUUCUGUCCAGUACUAGGAGGGGCAGUGGGAGGCUUCUGUAUUGACUGGUUCCUGCAAAAUUAAACCCCGGGUUUCUAAGUGUCCACUCUCCCUCUCCUGACAGCUGUGUGUGACAGUGUGUUUCCACGUGAACAGGGUGUGUAAUUCAUUGCUGUUGUAAUGGGCACAGUGCAAACUAUGUCAGCACUCUCUAUUUUUCCCUUCUAGCUGCAGAUUCACUACAUUAUUUCCUUCCUUUUUGUAACUGUGCUUUCUUUCUGAAAUGUGUCAAAACUGCCAGCAUUUCAUCUCUGGGAUCCUUGUUUUCUUUCUCCCUCUUUUCCUCACCCAAAACAACCAAAAAAGCAGAACUCUGAAUGUUGUUGUGAAGAAAGGGCAGUGUUUCUUUAAAGAACACUUUAACUUUACAUGAAGGAUUAGGAUAACUUUAAAACAGUGAAAUCCUUUAGAAACACAACCUCUUUUAUCCGUGGUCACCUUCUCCCUACCUCACUUGGGAAGCUGAAACUGUAGGUGAAGAAAAACUCAUUAUGGGGCAAUAGUAUAGAGCUUUCUUAUGGGCCAAUCUCUGUAUCACCAGUGUAAUGUGGUUAUUUUUUUUUUUAAUAAUUGUUUUUGGUCCACCUGUGCUAAGGAAUAACAUUUUAGCAGUCAGAUUUUGGUUUGAUUA